AUGUUCUCCAGAAUGCCUUCUGGAGGCUCGACCCUCAGCAAAACCAAGCGCAAGCUCAGCGCGAUCGCCAAGCGCAUCACCGUGUCCAACCGCAAUGCUCCCUGCUACUUCCUCCAGUUGCCGCGCGAGCUCCGUGAUAGGAUCUACGAGCUCGCCAUCCUCGCGUGCAGCGACCUCGAAGAUGUCGCAGACAAGCCCAGCAUCACGGAACGGCCGCUCUACAGCACUUUGAUGGCCGGGCUCUACCCACGACUCCCGAAACGCAGCCUGCUCACGCGCUUGCACCUCCGUCGGGAGCCGUCCCCGCAGCGCGAGCUUCGCGCUCUGUUCAAGGUCAACCGCGUGGGCUCACCAGCAAACUUGCUCCUCACCAACCACCAGAUCUCGGCCGAGUUCGCCGAGGAGAUGUACCGGAGCUGCAAGCUGGUCGGCGACAUCAGCACCGACGGCCAAAUCGACAGGGCCAGCGCCGAAAUCGUUAUUGCGGAGCGCAUCUCUCUGCUCCUGGGCAUCCCUCUGAGAGGGGACUUCUACUCCAGCAGUAACAAAUACGCGACGCUAGCCCUGCAACGCGUCCGCAACUGGGAAGUACAGAUCGACCUUCUCCCUCUCGCCAGCACGACGUUGGAACCGGGUCCGAUACUGCAGUGGGCGAGCGGCAAACUCGACAUCCUCGCGGGUCAGCUGGACCGCGUGCUCGGGCUGAUGCCGGACUGCCGUGAGCUGACGCUGCGCAUGAUGCUCAGAACCGAGGAAACCUUGCCGUUCCUCUACCUGAUGGGCCGGAGGGAUCGAUUUGGCCUGGUCGCGCUGUUCGAGGACUUCUUCCAGAUGAAGCUGCGGAACAAUAGUAGUGUGAAGACGUUCAGGAAGAUGCUGACGGUGGGAUUCGGAGAGGAGGUAGGCUUUUCGGCCGAGGCACAGAUCUUCCCCCUCCGGGAACGGGUGGAGAAGUGGCAUCAUGGAAAGCAGGAGAUGAAGGUCGUGUCGGACGAGAAGAGAGAUUAUGCGUACACGGACUUCUACAGCAACAGCAUCGAUCACUCUUACUACUGGGUUCAGGAACAAUUCCAGCCUUACGAGCAGUUUGGACGUCCUGGAUCUUACCAGUCCAUCGUGGCUGCGACGAAGUACGGGUACGACAAGUGGGUCAAGAUGGGAAAACCGAAGUGGAACGAGACGGCGGAGCACAAGGAGGUCAUGAGGCUCUGGAGAACGCUGUAG